GACUAUUAAUUGAUUGUUUCUGAUGUGUUCAUUGUGGUACUUCUAUGCCUUCGUUCCAGUCUUUAUUGGUUUUUAUAUUACAGAAUACAAAAGUGAUAUCUUGCAUCUCAUCAAAUACAAUUCAUUCGUUGGAGUUCAAAGUGAAUCUAACGUGCUAAAGCUAUUUAUAUAUAUUCCUUCAUCAAGAAGCAAUUUUAAAGAGCGAGAAGCUAUUCGCGAAAGCUGGUGGUCCCAUAUACAACGAAACUCUAGUCUAAAUGAUAGAACUGUUGCAUUGAAGUUUGUUUUGGGAACGAGGGAUUGUUUAAUACCUAAAGAUUACAAAGUUGAUCCAUGGGGUUGUGACGAAUGGAAGUUUCCAAAUCUUCAUGAUGUCAACAACCUAACAAAGAAAGCCAUUGAAACAGCUGAAUACUCAUUGAACCGAUCUGCUGCUGCCAAGGAGAAUGAUUACGAUGAUUUUGUGGAGGAUCACGUUUAUGGAAUCCAAACCGUCACAUUCAUAGUUCAUCACCCUGUUUUGCUGACAAAAUUAGGAGUGCAUGAAGCUUGUCGAUCAGUGAGUUCAUCUGUGAAGUUGUCUGAAGCCACUACGAAGAAAGAAAUUGUCAAACUGUCAUUCAAAAGUAAAGCGUUGACGCUACAUACUCUUGGAUUGAACAACACUUUUAAGUUUAAAAAGCUGCAGGACCCCCUCAUAUUGCCCAAGGGUUUCAGAGGGGAGAUGGUUGUGGAGAACGUUGAAUCAGGAAGCGGUCGAUGUGAAUUUUACCGAUGGAACUUUCCUGUGCAAACAUUUCCACAAUCUCACAGUGUUAUCCAGUUUGUUGAGCCGAGUAUGCAGCCGCAUGAAACAUACAAAAAUGUUGAGAAAUGGAACUCAAGACCCAUACAUCUAGUAAACUUUGCCUUUAAAAUUUUUGAUACGGAUCAGCUUAUUGAGAAAAUAAAAAUAAAAGAUGCUAAAGUGCUAGAAACUGCACACAAUUCCAGCCUCCUUACUUCAAAACUGCAUCAGGAGUUUGAAAAAAACGGCGACAUGUUAUUUGUUGAUGUUGUUGAUGUUUACCGGCAUCUUCCUCUCAAGUUUUUAUCCUUCGCACAAUGGACUAUUAACAAUGUAAAGUUUGAGUUUUUGUUGAAAACUGACGACGAUUGCUAUUUGGACGUUGAAAAGAUUUUAAGAAAGUUGAACGAAUUGAAUAUCAACCAGAGUCUAUUGUUUGGGAGAUUUCGUCACAAUUGGCCAGUGGAAAGAUGGGGACGGUGGGCCGAACAUUCGUACACUUCAGCUACGUAUCCAAGGUUCCCCUGUGGUUCAGGAUACGUCUUGUCAAGUGACUUAGUACACUGGAUGGCUACCAACUACGAAUAUCUCAAAGCUUACCAGGGAGAGGAUGUUUCCAUCGGCAUUUGGUUGAGUGCUGUUAACCACGUGGUGGUCGAUGAGCCGUUGUGGCAGUGCGAGAACGAAUGUUUGUCUGACAUGUACUCGAUGCCUGACCUCCAAACUGAACAGUUGCAUAAGCAUUGGGAGAACAAAAUUAACUGCGGAGAUCCGUGUGGCUGCGGCUGACUGUUUUAUCUUUCAUAUUUUCUUGUUCAAGUUUAUUUAUAAAACGUUGGUAGUUUUUUUUAUAACGAAAAUAAAAUUAUUUAUCAAAGAGCAAUAAAUAGUAAUUCUAUAACUGCCGAGAAGGAUAUUUUUUGAAAUUUUCGUAGACCUGCAAUCUAUGGUUAAGGUUGGUGUGCCCUGUCAUAAGCAGGUACUGUGUGUUUGUUCUUGUGUCCGUGUAUGCGUGUGUUUCUGUAUGUGCGUGUGUGUGUGUAUACGUGUGUGGCGUAAAAAUUUGCACUCAUUAUGAAACUUCCCGAUUCAAAUGCUCACACAUAUAACAAACAAAUAAUAAGUUAAUGCAUAAAAAAAAUUGGCGAACAACUGUGUUAUUUAGAGAUGGCAAUUAUAGAGAUGUAAAAAUUAUUCCUCAGUGAUACACUCCAACAAAUUUGAAAUAUGUGAAAAGUAGUUUAAUGUUAAUUGAAUAUUGCCAUUUUAAAAUUUUUAAUCAUAAUGAACUGUGAAGAAAACUUUCUUUUACAAAUUAAAUUUUAUAAAUAAAAGCCUGUGAACCGUAAAAAUAUAUUUUAUUAUGAAUGAGACACGAUGAAAGAGAAUAUGUUACAACAUUCUUAAACCUGAUUUAGAUUAGGUAUUGUAUUCACUUUUUUUGUAUUAACUGUCGGAAAAACGCCAAUUAUUUUUAUUGUAUAUUUUUAUUAAUUUACAAUGUUUUUUUGAUGUUUAAAGUAUUCGUUCAACAAUUUUAAAACGCUCUGUUGAAAUCUUUAAAAUUUAUAAUAAAGUUUUAAAUU